CUAUUGCGUAAUUUCGUCAUAGACGUCCUGAUACUGAUGAAAUCAACAGUAAGAGGUGGAGUCACAUUCCAUAAUGCUUCCUCACUAUAAAUACGGUUGGCGAACACAGCAACAGGCAUCAGUUCGAUCCAGUGCACAGCACAUCCGAAAAACAUGAAGGUGUUCAUCAUCGUUCCAUUGAUUGCCUUAGUUUCAGGCCAAGUGCAAUAUGAAAAGCCAAACUAUAUUCGCUAUUCCUACCCGGAAUACAAGCCGGAAUACUCAGUGGCUUACAAACCAGAAUAUUCAGAAGUUUAUAAAACAGAAUAUUCAGAAGUUUAUAAACCAGAAUAUUCAGAAGUUUACAAUCCGGAAUAUCCCGCAACUUACAAGCCGGAAUAUCCCGCAACCUACAAGCCGGAAUAUCCCGCAACCUACAAGCCGGAAUAUCCGGCUGUUUACAAACCAUCGCCUGUUUACAAACCUACAUAUUACGAACCGACGUAUACGCCCAACUACCCAGAAGUUUACAAGCCAAUUCCUUACGAGCCAACAUACACCACCUUGGAUUCUCAAUCCAAUUACCCUCCUACCUAUGGAACUCUCUAUCGGAAUAAGUUCUGAAUAGCUUACUUUUAGACAUAAAUUUUCGCCAACAUCAUGUUCUAUGUAAAAAGCCCUGUCAUUAUAACAUUGUUUACAAAUUCAUCAAACAAUAAACGUAUCAUAAAA